GCCGGACCGGACUCUGGGAAAAGGGUUUUCUCUCCCUCGGUGACAACGUCUCAAGUUUCCUUAUAAAUGUUCAAAUAACAAGAGGAGAACAAAAUGAGCUGGGCACUGGAAGAAUGGAAGGAAGGCCUCCCUACAAGAGCUCUACAGAAAAUUCAAGAGCUUGAAGGACAGCUGGACAAACUGAAGAAAGAAAAGCAGCAAAGGCAGUUUCAGCUGGACACCCUAGAGGCAGCGCUGCAGAAGCAGAAACAGAAGGUUGAAAAUGAAAAAACUGAGGUCACAAACCUGAAAAGGGAGAAUCAGAGAUUGAUGGAAAUCUGUGAAAAUUUGGAGAAAACGAAGCAGAAGAUUUCUCAUGAGCUUCAAGUUAAGGAGUCACAAGUGAAUUUCCAGGAAGGACAACUGAAUUCAGGCAAAAAACAAAUAGAAAAACUGGAGCAGGAGCUUAAAAGGUGUAAAUCUGAACUUGAAAGGAGCCAACAAGCUGCACAGUCUGCAGAUGUCUCUCUGAACCCAUGCAGCACGCCACAAAAAGUUUUUACAACACCAUUAACACCAAGUCAACAUUACAUUGGUUCCAAGUAUGACGAUCUAAAAGAAAAAUAUAAUAAAGAGGUUGAAGAACGAAAAAGAUUGGAGGCAGAGCUUAAAGCCUUACAGAUUAAAAAAGUGAGCCUGUCUACUCCCCAAGCCACUAUGAAUCACCGAGACAUUGCUAGACAUCAGACUUCCUCAUCUGUGUUCUCGUGGCAACAGGAGAAGACUCCAAGUCGACUUUCAUCUAGUUCUCUAAAAACUCCAGUUAGGAGAGAUGUCUCUGCAUCUCACUUUUUUGGGGAAGAAGAGGUGACUCCGAGUAGGUCAACUUUGCAAAUAGGCAAAAGAGAUACUAAUAGCAGCUUUAGUGAUAACUCUAGCAGUUCUCAUCUUUUGGAUCAACUCAAAGUCCAAAAUCAAGAGCUAAGAAACAAGGUUAAUGAAUUGGAACUACGCCUGCAAGGACAAGAAAAAGAAAUGAAAGGCCAAGUGAAUAAAUUUCAAGAGCUUCAACUCCAACUGGAGAAAACAAAAAUGGAAUUAACUGAAAGGGAGAAAGUUUUGAACAAAAAUAGGGACGAACUAGUGAGAACCACAGCACAACAUGACCAGGCAGCAACCAAGUGUACCGCAUUGGAACAAAAGCUGAAAAAACUGACAGAGGACUUGAAUUGUCAGCGACAAAAUGCAGAAAGUGCCAGAUGUUCCCUGGAACAGAAAAUCAAGGAGAAAGAAAAGGAACUCCGAGAGGAGCUGUCCCGCCAGCAGUGUUCUUUUCGAACCCUGGACCAGGAGUGUACUCAGGUGAAAAUCAGACUUACCCAGGAGUUGCAGCAAGCCAAAAACACGCUCAAUGUCCUUCAGGCGGAACUGGAUAAAGUUACAUCAGGAAAGCAACAGUUAGAAAAGAAUUUGGAAGAGUUUAAGCAAAGGUUCAGCAGAACUGAACAGGCACUCCAAGCAAGCCAGAACACGGAGAAGGAGCUUAGGAGAAGCAGCGAGGAAAUGAAGAAAGAAAAUGGCCUCCUUAGGAGUCAGUCUGAGCAAAGGGCCAGAGAAGUCUGCUACCUGGAGGAAGAACUCAGGAAAAUUAAGGCGUGUUUAAACCAGAGCCAGAAUUCUGCAGAGGAAUUGAGAGCUAAGAACACCUCUCAGGAAACCAUGAUAAGAGACCUUCAAGAAAAAAUAAAUCAGCAAGAAAACUCCUUGACUUUAGAGAAACUGAAGCUUGCCUUGGCCGAUCUGGAAAAACAGCGAGAUUGUUCUCAGGACCUUUUGAAGAAAAGGGAACAUCACAUUGAACAACUGAAUAAUAAGUUAAACCAGGUAGAGAGCGAGUUCAAAGCUUUACUAAGUGCUCUGGAGUUAAAAAAGAAAGAAUAUGAAGAAUUGAAAGAAGAGAAAACUCAGUAUUCUCGUUGGAAAAGUGAAAAUGAAAAGCUUGUAAAUCAGAUGGAAUCUGAAAAGGAAAGCUUGAAGAGUAAAAUUAAUCACUUGGAGACCUGCCUCAAGACACAACAAAUAAAAAGUCAAGAACACAAUGAGAGAGUAAGAACACUGGAGAUGGAAACAGAAAACCUGAACGUGGAGAUCAGAAACCUUCACAACGUGCUGGACAGCAAGACGGCAGAGGUAGAGACACAGAAACAAGCUUACAUAGAACUGCAGCAGCAAGCGGAGUUCUCAGAUCAGAAACACCAGAAGGAAAUAGAAAAUAUGUGUCUGAAAACUUCUCAGCUUACUGGGCAAGUGGAAGAUCUAGAACAGAAGCUUCAGUUACUGACAAGUGAAAUCAUGGCCAGAGACCAGCAUUAUCAAGACUUGCAUUCUGAAUACGAGAGCCUCAAGGAUCUGCUGAAAUCCAAAGGCUCUUCUCUGGAAACGAAUGAGGAUCAUCAGAGAAGUCAUUUGGAAUCUGAACAGCAGCCUGCAAUGAAUAAUUCCUUUGCAAAUCUGAUGGGAGAACAUGGGAGCCUGUCUUCAGAAAGGAGCCAUUGCCAGAGAGCUGCAGAUCAAAGUCCAAAAAAUUUAGCCACCUUACAAAAUAGAGUUGUUUCACUUGAGUGUUCUUUAGAGUCUCAAAAGCAGAUGAACUCAGAUCUACAAAAGCAGUGUGAGGAGUUGGUGCAAAUCAAAGGAGAAAUAGAAGAAAAUCUCAGCAAAGCAGAACAGAUGCACCAGAGCUUUGUGGCUGAAGCAAGCCAGCGCAUUAAUAAGUUGCAGGAAGACACUUGUGCUCAUCAGAGUGUUGUCGCUGACACUUUAGUGUCCCUGGAGAACAAGGAAAAAGAAUUGCAACUUUUGCAAGAAAAAUUAGAAGCUGAGCAAACAGAGACUCAGGAAUUAAGAAAGAGCAACCAUUUACUUGAAGACUCUCUAAAGGAGAUACAACUUCUGUCAGAAACCCUGAGUGCAGAGAAAAAGGAAAUGAGUUCCAUUAUUUCUCUAAGUAAAAAAAAAAUUGAAGAGCUCACCCAAGAAAAUGGGACCCUCAAAGAAAUUAAUGAAGCCUUAAAUCAGGAGAAAGUGCAGUUACUCCAAAAAAGUGCGAAUUUUUCAAACUGUCUAGAGGAACAAGGGAAAAGCAUUUCAGAGUUAUCUGAUCAGUACAAACAAGAAAGAUUUCUUUUACUACAGAGAUAUGAAGAAGCCAGAUGUGCAUUGGAGGAUCUUAAUGGAAAGUAUGAAGCUGCACAAGAAAAGAACUCUGAUUUAGAAUGUUUUCUAAACGAAUGCACAAGUGUUUGUGAAAACAGAAAAAAUGAAUUGGAACAGCUCAAGGAAACAUUUACAAAGGAACAGCAAGAAUUGGUAACAAAAUUGGCUUUUGCUGAGGAAAGAAAUGAGAAACUAAUACUAGACUCAGGGAUAGUGCAACAGGUUUUGAGAGAUGAGAUUACUGACAUCAAAAACAAUUCUAGGAGUGAGGCUGAUGGCUUAAGGCAAGAAAUCAUGACUUUAAAGGAAGAACAAACUAAGAUGCAAAAGGAAGUGAAUGACUUAUUACAAGAGAAUGAGCAACUGAUGGAAUUAACAAAGGCUAAACCUGAACGUCAGUAUCUAGAGUUUGAAUCAACUAGGGACUCUGGGAGUGAAACAGAAAAUGAAAUAAAUAAAAGCACUCUCCAGUGUCAGAUGGAUCUUGAAAUCGAAGACAUUUCUCCAGAAAGUAAUAAGGCACAGUUGGUACAGUUAGAAACUGUGAUAAGAAAUAUGGAAUUAAAGCUUGAGGAAAGUGAGAAGGAGAAAGAACGCCUGCAGCAGGAAUUACAGACAAUCAGAGGAGAAUUAGGAACUGGAAAUUUGCAAGACAGACAGUCACAGGAAAUUAGCAGCCUUAAAGACUGUGAGGUUAGUGCAGAAGAAAAGUAUAUUUCAGUGCUUCAUGAGUUGUCAACGAGUCAAAAUGACAAUGCACACCUGCAGUGUUCUCUACAGACAGCAAUGAACAAACUGAGUGAGUUAGAGAAAAUGUGUGAGAUACUGCAGGUGGAAAAGCUGGAACUUGUAUCUGAGCUGAAUAAUUCAAGAUCAGAAUAUAUCAUGGGAACUAGUAAAAUGUCAGAAGAGGUGGGGAAACUAGUAAAUGAAGUGAAAAUAUUAAAUGAUGAAGAUGGUCACCUCCAUGGUGAGUUAGUGAAAGAAAUGUCAGAUGGUGAGUUUGGUGGGCAGAAAAACGAGCAGACAUGUGUGUCCUUUAAUCCUUUGGAAAACAGCAAUUUCUAUGAGCAUUUGACCUUGUCAAACAAAGAAGUCCAAGUGCACUUUGCUGAAUUGCAGGAGAAAUUCUCAUGUUUACAAAGCGAACACAAGAUGUUACAUGAUCAGCACUGUCAGAUGAGCGCCAUGAUGGCAGAGCUGCAGUCCUGUGUUGACACAUUAAAGGCUGAAAAUUCAGCUUUGUCCAGCAAUCUGAGAAAUUUGCAGGGUGAUAUGGUAAAGGAGAUGAAUCCAGGACCUGAGGACGGGCAUAUUCCAUCUCUGUCAUUCUCCUGUGUGACUGAUAGCCCUAGUCUGACAAGUCUUGGAGAAUCCUCUUUUUGCAAAGAUAUUUUAGAACACGUAGGAGAUGCAUCUCUUUUGAGUAAUUUCGAAGAGAAUGUUUCAGCAAACCCCUCCAAUGUAGACGAAGUGUCUUACAGUAGUCUGGAGGAGGAAAGUCUGACAGAGAAAGAAAUCCCUUCUGCCCCUGGGAGGAGCGUUGAAGAACUUGAGACACUCUGUCAGUUGUACUUGCAAUCCCUCAAGAGUCUAGAAGAGAAAAUUGAAAAUCAAGGGAUUAUGAAAAAUAAGGAAAUUGAAGAGCUCGAGCAGUUACUAAGUUCUGAAAGGAAUGAACUCGACUGCCUUAGGAAGCAGUAUUUGUCAGAAAAUGAGCAGUGGCAACAGAAACUGAUGACUGUGACUUUGGAGAUGGAGUCUCAGUUGGCAGCAGAAAAGAAGCAGACGGAGCACCUGUCUCUGGAACUUGAAGGAGCGAGACUCCAGCUGCAAGGGCUGGACUUAAGUUCCCGGUCCUUGCUUGGUGGUGACCUGGAAGAU